AUGACAGACAAGCUCGCAUUGCUUGCAUUCAAGGCCGCAAUGACCGAGGACCCUUAUGGGGUGCUGAGUUCAUGGAAUGAUACAACCGACCACUGUCAGUGGUCCGGAGUCACGUGCAGUCGCCUAUACGGUAGCGUCACGAGACUAGACCUAAAUGACCAGAAGCUUUCAGGAUCCAUCUCCCCUCACAUUGGAAAUUUGAGCUUCAUGAGUGUCCCGAUGCUCGGCAACAAUAGUCUCCAUCACGAAAUCCCACAAGAAGUUGGCCAAUUGCACAGGUUAAGUAGCUUAGAAUUAUACCUCAACACAUUGGAAGGGGAAAUCCCUAGAAACCUGUCGGGUUGUGCUCGUCUUGCAUUACUUGCCCUAACUUACAACCAGCUGGUUGGAGGAAUUCCCAUCGAGUGUGGCUCCUUAGUGAAGCUUCAAAUUUUUGAUCUAGCUAUCAACCAUCUAACAGGAACUAUUCCUUCAUCCAUCGGAAACAUGUCAUCGUUAGAGAUUCUCAGUAUCAGUUUUAAUGAGUUAGGUGGGAAGAUACCCCAAGCUCUAGGAAAACUAACAAAACUUGAAUGGCUUGAUUUAGGAGAAAAUAGGUUUUUAGGCACAGUUCCUCCAUCUAUAUUCAAUCUUUCUUCUGUGGUGCGGUUCAACAUCGGUAUGAACCAACUAGGAGGGAAUCUUCCUGCCAAUAUAGGCUUCACUCUUCCAAACAUCAAGCUUUUCGUAGUAGGUGGUAACCAAAUCACUGGAGUGAUUCCUUGUUCAAUGUCUAAUGCAACAGCUUUACAGGUGUUGCAAGUCAAUGGGAACAAACUCUUAGGGAGCAUGCCUGCUUUGGACCACUUAAAGAAGCUCCACUUGUUGGACGUCGGUUAUAAUUAUCUGGGAAGAGGAGGAUAUGAUGAUUUGAGCUUCGUUUGUUCGUUGACUAACAUUACCAGUAGUGAACUGUUCUUGGCUGCAAGCAGCAACAGUUUUAGCGGGACAUUGCCCGAGUGCAUAGGUAAUUUCUCCACAUAUUUCUACGAAUUGUGGCUGCAGGAGAAUCUAUUGUUUGGCAUGAUUCCUAAAAUAAUUGGAAAUCUCGUCACCAUGCAAAGGUUGUUGUUGGACCACAACAGGUUUUCAGGUAUGGUCCCCUCGGUUUUGGGAAAUCUUCAUAACAUGGUGGAACUAGAUUUAUCGAAUAACAAAUUUUCCGGAGCAAUUCCUUCUUCAUUAGGAAACCUAGUAAAUCUUGCACGACUCUAUCUCAAUCAUAAUAACUUUCAUGGCUACAUUCCUUCAAGUCUAUCAGAGUGCCGAAGUUUGGUGGAGCUUGAUCUUUCUAGUAACAACUUAAAUGGAACUAUACCUUUAGAGUUCAUUGGUCUCGCAUCACUGUCUAUACUUCUAAACUUGUCUCAGAACCAUCUCACUGGUGUCCUACCUAAGGAAGUCGGGAAAUUGAAUCUUUUGGCUCAAUUGGAUGUCUCUCGAAACAUGUUAGAAGGUGACAUGCCGGCCAGCCUUGGUAGUUGUGUUGGAUUGGAAGUGCUCAAAAUGCAAGAGAACUCUUUCCAAGGCUCCAUUCCUUCAUCUAUUAGUAUGUUGAGGAAUGCCAAGGAGCUAGAUCUUUCACACAACAAUUUAUCUGGUCAAAUUCCAGAGUUUUUCAAGGCACUUCACUUCUUGGAGAUUCUAAAUUUGUCGUGUAAUAACUUUGAAGGCACAUUACCGACUAAGGGAAUCUUUACUAAUGUUAGCGCUAUUUUUGUCUCCGGAAAUGACAAGCUUUGUGCAGAUAUGCCUAAAUUUCAUCUCCCGAAAUGCAGCCCUAAAAACUCAGGCAAAAAACUAAUCCCUAAGUGGAAGCUCGCCAUCUCGAUUUUCUUCGGGGUUCUUGGAAUAGCUCUUGUUCUUGCUCUUAUGUACUUUGGUUGGUUGAAGAAGAAGAAGAAAAGAACAGAGCCAGCUUCAAGUUCCAAAGAUGAUUCAUCAUUGAAUCUAUCUUAUGGAAUCCUUCUUAAAGCAACCAACGGGUUUUCUUCAAGUAACUUGAUUGGGGUCGGCGGUUUUGGCUCUGUUUACAAGGGAGUCCUUGAUGAGAAUGGAACUGUCAUUGCUGUGAAGGUACUUAAUUUGAUGCUUCACGGUACUAUGAAGAGUUUCGUAACUGAGUGCGAGGCUUUAAGGAAUGUUCGACACCGUAAUCUUUUGAAAGUCUUAACAGUAUGCUCGGGCAUUGAUUAUGGGGGAAAUGAGUUUAAGGCCUUGGUUUAUGAGUUCAUGGUCAAUGGCAGCCUAGAAGGUUGGCUACAUCCAAGCCAAUCAUUAGCUACUGUAGAUGGGAAUGCGCAGAAAUUGAGUCUCAUCCAGAGGAUAAAUAUUUCCAUUGAUGUUGCUUCAGCAUUAGAUUAUCUCCAUAACCACCUGCAAAGCCCUAUUAUUCAUUGUGAUUUGAAGCCAAGCAAUGUCCUGCUAGAUGCAGAAAUGGUUGGACAUGGUGUAGACUUUGGUUUGGCGAAGGUCGUACUUGAAUCCACCGAUGACAGUAAAGCGAAAAUGAGCUCUGCUGGUCUAAGAGGAACUGUCGGCUAUGCUCCUCCAGAAUAUGGAAUGGAAUGUGUGGUUUCAAGAGAAGGCGAUGUUUAUAGUUAUGGCAUUCUCUUGCUUGAGAUGUUCACGGGUGUGAGUCCGACAAACGAAAUGUUCAGAGAAAAUCUUAACCUUAAUAAGUUUGUCAAGGAAGCCUUACCUGAACAACUCCUAGAGAUUACCGAUCCUCUUCUGCUUCAAGAAAUGGAGAGCCAUAUAGGCACUGCCAGAGGUGAUGCAGCUUGCGAAUGUCUGGAGAUGGUCUAUACAAUCGGGGUUGCCUGCUCAGUUGAAGCACGCAGAGAGCGGAUGAACAUCACGAAAGUUGCAGCUCAGCUGCACUUUAUCAGGGACAAACUUCGUGCAGCUGGUUUACAAGGAUAG